CCUUCCCCGCAGGAAGAUUUGUCCGCAUUUCGUCCGUAUUCACAACACACGCCUGCCUGACGACUAAUGGAUUGGAAUGAGGUAUAUGAGGGCAAAGCUCGAGCUGUGGAAUUAUUGUUGCACACUCAUUGUCCCGCACAGAAGUAGCCUUCCCAGAAGCUGAACAACAUAUUACGAGGUUCCAAGCGGUCCUACACAUCAGCGACUCCAUUCAACAUGUCGCAAGCUACAAGAGGGCCUCCGUAUGCUCCUACUACGGCUGGUCUUGGUGGCCAACCCACAUUAAGCCUCGACGUACCGCUAUGCGCGGUAUUUCUGUUGCUCUACCUCUGCUUUGGUACCGUGAACGCCACGAUCUUCGUCCGGAACCUGCGGCGGGGCCAUAAGUUCCUGUUCUCAUGGUUCCUAGUCGCUUUCUGCCUGUUGCGGAUAAUAACAUGUGCUCUCCGCAUCGCCUGGGCCACGGAACCGAGGAACAUCCAAGUCAUCAUCACCGCCAACAUCUUCGUCAAUGUCGGCAUCAUCUUCGUCUACGUCAUCAACCUAUUCUUCGCCUAUCGCAUCCUGUGUGCGAGACAACCGGAGAUUGGCUGGAGUCGGAUCCUGCAUUACGGCCUGGUCGCACUUCUGGUUGUUAUGAUGAUCGCCAUUUUCCUGUUGAUCAGUAUGGUGGUAUUCUCGAGCUACACUCUAAGCAGCUACUACCUGAGAGUGGCACGCGACUGUCAGCUUUUCGGCCUGACAUACUUUACCUUUAUCGUUGCCAUGGCACCAGUCAUUUUGGCCACUUCCUACAUCCUACCGAAGUCCUCGACUCCACAGCAUUUCGGCAAAGGCGAGAUGCACCUCAAGUCGAUUAUUCUUGCGGUAUCUUGCGUGCUCUGUGCCCUCAUCGCCGGCUUCAAGGCUGGCGUGACAUGGAGCCAUCCGCGACCACGCGCCGAUCCGGCGUGGUUCCAUUCGAAAGCGUGCUUCUACUGCUUCGGGUUCAUGCUUGAGAUCAUUAUCCUGACACUGUUCUUGGUGGCGGAGAUCGAUCAGCGCUUUCACAUUCCGAACGGUAGCACGAAGCGGAGAUCCUAUCACAGUCAUCAGGUAGAAGAAGCCGAGGUGUUCGAGAGCAGGCCGGACACUGCCCGGGAAGCGAGCGUCGAGUCGGCGAUGUCGGAAAAGGAGUCAGUAUGAGCGCAGAGGAUGGACUAUAAGGGCGAAGUCCGGCUCGAGAAAUGGUGUGUAGCUGCAAAAGCCUGGCACAAGAGAAGUCUUUAUCAAGUGUCGAUGUCCAGGGCAGGAAUCCAACUCCUCGUAGUGCCAAUGCAAUUAGGGUCUCCCAAAUACCCGUACAUCUCCAUGUAAUGA